CGUCGACGUCCUGCGCGGGAGCGGAAAACGUGCAUCCGACUGUGCGGAAAAGCAGCAGCGUUUUCCUGCUUGGUAAUACAUCCAACAUGGCUCGAGACUGGAAACCCGGUGAUCUGAUUUUUGCCAAGAUGAAGGGUUAUCCACACUGGCCUGCAAGAAUCGAUGAAGUCCCAGACGGUGCAGUGAAACCAUCCAACAUCAAGUUUCCCAUUUUCUUCUUCGGCACCCAUGAAACGGCAUUUCUUGGCCCAAAAGAUAUCUUUCCAUAUCAGCCUAACAAAGAGAAGUAUGCCAAGCCCAACAAGAGGAAAGGCUUCAACGAAGGACUGUGGGAAAUAGAGAACAACCCAAAAGUAGAACUUACUGCACCCAAGCCGGUCCCUCCUGAGUCUUUUGCUGAGAAGGAUUCAGACAGCAGUCCAGAAGGAGAAGAGGAUGCAGAUGACAAGGGGAUGAAAUCCAAAGUUCCAGGAAGUGAGGCUGAGCAGGAGAAUGAGAAUGAGGAGGAGGAGGAUGAUGAGGAGGAGGAUGAUGAGGAGGAGGAAGGGUCUCUGAUCUCUGAGCAGGGUCCUCAGAACCAGGAUGGCCCCACUCAGAAAGAAUCGGCAGAUGUUCCCAAACCCAAGAGAGGAAGAAAGAAAAAGACUGAUGGGGAGCAGGAGAUUGAAAAAGAUGACGCGCCAGCAAGUCCUGUCAGUCCUUCAGGUGGAGAAGGUCCAAAACGAAGAGGCAGGAAACCCAAAAGUGAGAAGUUGCUUUUGCUUCAGCAGCAGGACCAGCAAGGCUCUGGAAGUGAAAUGGACACUGGUGAGUUGGACAAAAAGAGAAAGCGGGCACUAGAGGAUAAGUCCCAAAGUGGAGAGGAGGAGAAGAGAAAGAAGAAGGAGGACAGCAAAGGAAAGGAUGCAGAGGCAAAGGAGCCUGAAACCAAGAAGAAGAAACAGUCGAAGGACGACAGCUCCUCUGGCUCUGACGACGAAGAGAAAAACAAAGGCCGAAAAAAACAACAAAACUCAGAACUGGACAAAGACGUGCGACGGCGGAAAGCAGAUGAAUUGAGAGAACAAAACAAAGAUGAUGGCAAGAAAAAUGAAGAGAAGACAGGAGCCAAGAAAAAAGAAAUGUCGACUGACUUGAAACUCCAGAGGCUGCACAGUGACAUCAAAGUUUCACUGAAAAUUGACAACCCUGAUGUAAAGAAGUGUUUGGACGCAUUGGAUGAGAUUGGCGCCCUUCAGGUCACAACCCAGCACCUGCAGAAACACAGCGAACUCAUUGCAACGCUCAAAAAGAUCCGCAGAUUCAAGGCCAGCCAGGAUGUCAUGGACAAGGCCACCAUGUUGUAUAACAAGUUUAAGAGUAUGUUUCUGGUUGGAGAAGGUGACUGUGUGCUCAGUCAGGUGCUCAACAAGUCUUUAGCUGAACAACGGCAGCACGAAGAAGCGAAGAAAGGAGCGCUGAAGAGAGUUGAGCAAGCCAAAGAAAACAACUCAGACAAGGUGACAAAUGGCGAUAUCAGCCCUGAGGAAAAGAAGCAGGAGACGGAGAGAGAGAAGCUUCUUGAAGACCCAUCAGCAGAAGAAAAUCACAGUGCCCCAAAAGAUCAGGAGGAGUCCACUUGAGUGUCCUACAUGCCUGAAGAAAGGAGAAUUGCUGCUGUUCUAAUACAUGCCUUUGU